ACAACGCGAUGACCGCCGGGAGCCCCGGAGACUGCGGGGAGGUGCGGAGGAGCCCCGAGGGCCGCGUCUCCCGCCUGGGCCGCCGACUGGGCCGCCGCCGGCGCCCACGCUCCCCCCCGGAGCCUCUGCGGGUGCGGGCACGGCUGCGGCUGCGCUCGCCGUCGGGGGCGUUCGCGGCGCUGGGGGCGCUCGUGGUACUGGUGGGCAUGGGCAUUGCGGUGGCCGGUUACUGGCCGCACCGCGCCGGGGCUCCCGGACCCCGGGCCGCCAAUGCCAGCUCACCCCCAGUCAGCGAGCUGCGACGCGAGGGUCGCGGUGCGGGCCGGGUCCACGGACCGCACGAGCGGCUGCGGCUGCUGGGGCCGGUGAUCAUGGGCGUCGGCUUGUUUGUGUUCAUCUGCGCCAACACGCUCUUGUAUGAGAACCGAGACUUGGAGACAAGGCGACUCCGCCAGGGGGUGCUGCGGGCCCAGGCCCUGCGGCCCCCCGACGGCCCCAGCUGGGACUGCGCCCUCCUUCCCAGCCCGGGUCCCAGGACUCCCGGAGCCAUAGGCUGCGCAGAACUAGACUUGUCUCCGCAUCGGGGUACCUCACCCGCCCCGUCGGUGCGGAGUCUGCGUUCAGAGCCGGCUAAUCCUCGCUUGGGGUUGUCUGCCCUGCUCAACAGCUACCCCUUGAAGGGCCCAGGGCUGCAUCCGCCCUGGGGUCCCCGAACCCAGACCGGCCACGUGAUCAUCACAGUGCAGCCCUCUGGCUCCUGCAUUGAACAUUCCAAGUCUUUGGAUCUGGGCCUUGGGGAGCUCCUUCUUGGGGGCCCAGCAGCUCGGGAUUGUGCUCACAGAAGCUGGCCACGCCUGGACCGACUCAGUCUGGGGGGGUAUGCCAAAUUGGGAGGAGGAGGGGACUCGGGGGCACGGGUCUGAGGAGCAGGGCAUAAGCUGCUGUGAGGCUGCAGCAUGGACCACGGUAACAGGACAGGAGACCAGCAGCCCAAUGUCUGUAGCUGCUUCAGUCACAUCCCAGUCCAGGAUGGAUGUUCUGGUCACAGCCACCUGACCUGUAAUGCGGGCACAGAAAUGCAGGCUGCAAUGGGCUCAGGGAGCCAGACAGCAUGUGUUUUAAUGUGGAGUGUGGAGACAGCAAUGACAGCCUCAGGAAUGUCUUCAGUGUCCAUACAUGGCCUUAGCCCUGGACAGGUACUGAGGUCCAGGCCAAGGUGUUUUGGCAAACGCAAAGUGGUGGGCAAGGACCCCUAAGACUUGGAAGGUAGGUUGGGAUGUUUCAGGCUAGGACAGGCUCUGUCCAAGGUGGUACUGGUGAUGGAGUUUGGGCCUCUGGGAAGAUGGGCAAUGGGGUGGAACUGAGCCCCUCCACUGCUAUCUGGGAUGGGGACUGAGCCUUUGACUCCCACCACCUCACACCCUUCUCAACCCUGCGAGAUUUUCUCUAGGGCUCACUACUGCCAAUGCCUUCCUUCUGAGGUCUGGCCCCUCCCCGGUAAACAGUGGGAAACAGCCUUCUCUCCUUCAUGGCUUGUGCUGCAAAACCUCCCUCCAGCUGACAGUACUUGUCAGUUCUCUGAAGUCCCUUCCUAUAACCCUGUGGCUGCAUUUUGGCCAGGGUGGUAGCUUAGACAAUGCUUUCAGUUUAGCUCUCCUUCCCUGCUUUACUUUUCCCCAAGUGGCUGGAGGAAGAGAUGUUCAAAAGUGGAUCAGUCCUCACAGGCAAUUUUUUUUAACAGUUUAUUGAAAAAUGCAAAUGCAAGAAGCAAGACCAAACACAUAUCUAAGCACUACAACCACUUCUCUUACUAAAAAAAGGCCAAAACAGCAGACCUAAUUAUUGCCUAUUUAAUCUAAGGAUUUUGCCGAUUUAAUUCUGCUGCCAUAGUUGUGUUUUGUCAAGAAAUGUAAACAACUACUUGAUAUAAUUCAUAAUUUUUUAAAAAAUUUACAA